UCUUUUUUCCCCGAAAAAUAACACCUGUAUAAAACGAUACCUGCGAGCUGGAAUGAAAUUGACACAGGAUGUGAUUUUAUUUAUAUUGACCAAGCUGAUUUCCUAUAACCUAGCCGACGAGGGCGAAGUGAUUUCUAAUGCUUCAUCAUUUAUUUAUUUCUAAUCGAUUGUUGCACAAGGUAGACGGCUUAUGCUGUUGCAACGGUAUAUACAGUCAUAAUUCACCGUGAAUUCAAUUCGAAAAUUCAGAUUAUUAUUUUUUUUAAAGAAGUUUUUGGAUUGAAAAAAAUAAGAUAACGAUGAAGCAGCGUAAGAAACAGGCGGCAGGUCGAUCUAAGGAUCAAAGAGGAAACCACAAUGGUAUUAUCGGUCCGCCAGAAUCAGAACUUGGAUAUCGAAAAUCUGGGAAAAAUCGUGAAAGUUCCAUUACGAAAAAACCGAGUUUAGAGUCGGAUUUAUUCCCAAGAUAUUCCGAAUGGAUUGUAUUUCUGAUAACUUUGAUUUUGAGAAUUUUUUAUGUUUGUCAAAAACACAACUGGUGGAUCUUACACCCGGACGAAAUAUUUCAAUCGAUGGAAGUUGCCUUUUCCGAGGUGCAUGGUUAUGGUUUCCGACCUUAUGAAUUCCUCCCUCCAGCCACUGGACCUAACGUGACGUCAGCAAGAUCACAGGAGAGGAUGCUGGGAAUGUAUGCUCUGAGGUCAUUUAUUUACCCCAGAAUCCUGGCAAGUGUUGGCAGUAUUGUCCGUGUGCUUGGUUAUCGUGGAAGUCUUUAUUUGAUUUGGAAAAUCUUCCACGCUGGUGUAACGUCAUGCCUUCCACUUGCAACUUACUUCUUUUGCAAGAAAGUCACCGGAAGUCGUGAUGUUUCCGUGAUCUCGUGCAUUCUCGUGGCAUCGUCAGCACAUCUUUGGGUGUUUGGAACACAUACUUUCCUUAACUCUUUCCUUUCUCCAUUUGUAUUUAUUGUUCUUGGACAUUUUAUAUCCUUUAUCACAAUUUUAUCAGAUAAAGAAAUUUACAAAAAAGAGGAGAAGAAUUGCGUGGACGAAUUUGAAAAUAACAAUAAUAACGUACAUGUCAUGCACAAUUGCAAUGGGGUUCAUCAUUGUCAAAGCAACGUGGACAAACUACAUGUAAAGUCUCAAGCUUUGAACACAGCAGUGAGAAAGGAAUGUAAUUUAUACAAUAUUUUUCUGAUGGGAUAUUUUACCGGACUAUUCAUUUACCUGCGCCCAGAUUUAUUAACUCUCUAUUUUUCCAUCCUGUUGCCCUAUAUGCCCUUGCUGUUUUCUCGCUUAAAACACAUUAUUUCAAAUUUAGAGAUACAUCUUUGUAUAGUGAGUGGUUUUGUUGGAAUUCUAACUGGUGUUCUAGAGGACUUCUUGUCAUAUGGUACCUUUGUUGUGACACCUGUGCAAUGGGUUUCUUUCAACGUUCUAAAUGGAUAUGCAAGACGCAUAUUUGGAGCUAUGCCUACUUUGUUUUAUUUUGAAAUAUUCUGUGAGAAUACAACAUUAAUAUUUUUAUCAUUGUGUAUUAUUUUUGUUUUAAUUUCUACUAUUAGUAAACCAAUAACAGUGCUAGUUUUCUUCAGAAAAUGUUUAUUUGCUUUAACUUGUCUCAUUGUACUAUAUUCCCUACAAGGCCAUAAAGAGGCGAGGUUUUUACAUGAUGCUAUAGUUUUAUUUUACGUUUGCUCGGGUGCUUCUCUGUUUAUUUUUGUUCAAGAAGUGUCAAUACGCAUAAAAUUGUUUAACAAUAACCGUUACACAGAGCGCUUAUUCCACAGUUUAUUAUUGCUAUGUUUUAUAUCUAGUCAGUACCAAUCGAUACCAUCUUCACAAGAUAAUUCAAUUAAAAAAUGGACUUAUGAGGGGAAAACAGACAGUCAUGACGUCAACGUAUGCUUGGAUUUCAUUGGUCAAAAGGAUGACGUCAAAGGUGUAUUCAUUGACAGAGAUAUGCAUAUGACGGGUGGGUACACUAUUCUAAAUCGAGAUAUUCCAUGGUUUUCGUUGAUCAAUACAGAAUUCAGGGAGUUUUCAAAAGAUAGCCGAUUAACAAUGAAAUCUUUUUAUGGCAUCACAAAAGUUUCAUUAACAUCUAACGUCUCCAAUUACAUUCAUAUUCAGAAUACACCUUUUCUUUUGAAGUGUAUUUUACGACAAAAAGAGUACAAUUACCUUGUAAUGAAGAUCACGCGAGAGUUUAUAAAUCAGGGUUAUGAAGAAGUUUUUAGAUAUGGAACUAUGCGUGUUUUAAAACGCACAUUUGAUCGGAAGCAAGAGGAGUAUUUGACAACGUUAGGUAAUAGCAUAUCGGACAACAAAAAUUCAACAAUUUUAAAGUACGAAGGUCAAUGGUUAAUGGCAUAUGGAAGUUAUGAUCUUGCCAGGGAAAAAUUUAAUAGAGCAGCUGAAAUAAACUCAGAUACACAAGUGUACCAAUUUCUUAUUGAACUUUACAGAAGGAUGGGUGAACCUGAAAAUGCAAGAAAGAUAUUCAGAAUCUGCAGGCAGGCAUAUAAUGAAUCCGAAUGCCUGAAAUCUGCCAGGAAAAUUGCAUUAUUCGAGCAUGAAAGAAUAUCCCUGAAAUGAGUUUCUAGUUCUUUACUCGGGUUUAUUAAUUUGUAUGUCGUCGAUAAAAAUUGGAGAGCGAUGGGUUUGUUUAUGUUUUUUAGAUAAUGAAUUAAGUAACUGUGUUUACUAGUAAUAACGUAAAGUAUAAUGCAACAGACAUAAAAUGGCAUAUAUUUAUUAAAUAAUUUUACUGUUCAAUUUAUAAGCAUUACCGGUAAAGAAAAUGUUUAGAAUUUCUUUAUUUCAAUUUUUAU